AGUGUGACAAAGACCUGCUGAUUGACAUCCUGACUCAGCGCUGCAAUGCCCAGAGGCUGAUGAUUGCAGAGGCCUACCAGAGCAUGUACGGCAGGGACCUGAUUGGCAUGCUGAAGGAGCAGCUUUCUGAUCACUUCAAGGACGUCAUGGUUGGCCUCAUGUACCCGCCACCAUCCUACGAUGCACACGAACUCUGGCACGCCAUGAAGGGAGCAGGCACCGAUGAGAACUGCCUCAUUGACAUAUUAGCUUCGAGAACCAAUGGAGAAAUUUUCCAGAUGCGGGAAGCCUACAGUUUGCAAUACAACAACAACCUCCAAGAGGACAUUCAGUCAGAGACCUCGGGACACUUCAGAGACACCCUCAUGAACCUGGUCCAGGCAACCAGACAGGAGGGCUACACGGACCCCGCCAUGGCCGCCCAGGACGCAAUGGUGCUGUGGGAGGCCUGCCAGCAGAAGACCGGGGCGCACAAAACCAUGCUCCAGAUGAUCCUGUGCAACAAGAGCUACCAGCAGCUGUGGCUGGUUUUCCAGGAAUUUCAAAAUAUCUCUGGGCAAGACAUAGUAGAUGCCAUCAAUGAUUGUUACGACGGAUACUUCCAGCAGCUGCUGGUUGCCAUUGUGCUCUGUGUUCGAGAUAAACCAGCCUACUUUGCUUAUCGACUGCACAGUGCCAUCCAUGACUUUGGUUUCCAUAAUAAAACCGUGAUCCGGAUCCUCAUUGCUAGAAGUGAAAUAGACUUGAUGACCAUAAGAACACGGUACAAAGAGAGAUAUGGGAAAUCCCUGUUUCAUGAUAUCAGACACUUUGCUUCAGGGCACUAUAAGAAGGCACUGCUGGCCAUCUGUGCUGGUGACAUGGAGGACUGCUGACACAGAGGGGAGGAUGGGGAGCGCCGGGCACUCUUCACAGACACAUCAGAGCACAGAGUGUGACACAUGCGUUGUCACUCACACCACCACCAAACUACAAGAUCAAAUUUUCUCUUCUGUCUGUAAAAUUAUUCCAAAAUCUAUGAAUGAAAAUCUAUGAUCAAGGAUUUGCACCUGUUAUUUGAUCAUCAAAGAAUUAAUUUGUAUAUGAUGGAAUAAUAACAAUA